AUGCAGUCGUCUUUGCCCACGAAGGAUGAACAAAGCAGCAAAACAGCCAGUACAGGUUGCAAGUGAUUGAUUCAUCUUCCUUCCCUGGUAACUUGCAGAGGUGCAGCAUAAGUUGCCAUGAAAGAGGAGAGGGGGCUGAUCAGAUUCUGUACAUUUGGAUCACCUACUGAUUUGUCUAGUCUACAGACUCCACACAUGAUUUCUGAGUCUGUUUAAACUAGACUGCAGGAAUUAGAUCUGCAAGUGCUUGUGGGGGCAUGAGAAAUGUGUAGAGGGGAGGAUUCUGCAAUGUGACGUGUAAAAUACCAGAGGAGAAGGCUGGAGGUUUCUACACUGCUCAAAAAUAGUAAACUUUAGAGAGAGAGUGAUGAUCAAACGUUGAGCUCUGUGGCUGGCAGUUUCUAAAGCUCAGAGGAUGAAUAAGCCAUACCUUAAAGAAGGCCAGAACUUGAAUACAUUUGGCCUCAGGAGAUUUCCAGAGGAGAAAGUAAAUGUUUGGCUGGACAUUAACAGGAGCAGCUGCUCUGGUGUUUCCUUCUUUUGCCCAAACUAUUUCCUUUGCUUCACCUUCUUGCUUCUGUGCCAAACAAGCCUGCUCAUGGGGCAUCCCCAGUGCCUGGACUAUGGACCUCCUUUUCAGCCUCCUUUACACCUGGAAUUCUGCUCUGCCUAUGAGAAGUUUGGCUGCUGUGACCAGGAAAAAGACAACAGCAUUGCAGCAAAAUACUGGGAGAUCAUGGAUUACAUUAGUCCCCAGGGUCACAGGCUGUGUGGAAGGUAUAUCAAGGAUAUCCUAUGUCAGGAAUGUUCCCCAUAUGCCGCUCAUCUCUAUGAUGCUGAAAAUCCUCAAACACCUCUUAGGAACCUCCCAGGACUUUGCUCUGACUACUGCUUUGAGUUUCAUUUUAACUGCCAUUCUGCUAUCACACUGCUGACUAAUGACAAACACAUCCAGGAGUGCUGCGAGAGGAACACGACCCGCUUCUGUAACCUCCUAAACCUGCAGGAUCAAGACUACUGUUUUCCCAACGUCCUAAAAAACACAGACCUAAAUCGGAACCUGGGAUCGGUGGUGGAGGACCCCAAGGGCUGCCUUCAACUGUGCCUGACAGAAGUUGCAAAUGGGUUGAGAAAUCCAGUACUGAUGGUACAUGCUAAUGAUGACACUCACCGUAUGUUUAUAGCUGAACAGGUGGGAAUGGUCUGGGUCUACUUGCCAGAUGGGAGCCGGCUGGAGGAGCCUUUUCUGGAUAUCAAGAAAAUAGUGUUGGCUUCCCCAUGGAUAGGGGAUGAGAGGGGUUUCCUAGGAAUGGCUUUUCACCCCAAUUAUAAAUACAAUGGGAAAUUCUACAUCUAUUAUUCAUAUAUGGACAAGAAAGUGGAAAAAAUCAGAAUCAGUGAACUACAGGUUUUGGCAUCUGAUGUCAAUAAAGCUGACCCACGUUCAGAAAGGAACCUUUUAGAACUUGAAGAACCAGCUGCAAAUCAUAAUGGGGGGCAGCUCCUCUUUGGUGUGGAUGGCUACAUGUAUUUGUUUACUGGGGAUGGAGGAAAAGCUGGGGACCCUUUUGGAAAAUUUGGGAAUGCUCAGAACAAGAGUACAUUAUUAGGAAAAGUUUUGCGAAUAGAUGUGGAUGGAAAAAACCCAGGUGGAAAGCCUUAUCACAUCCCACCAGAUAAUCCCUUUGUCUCUGACCCUAAGGCUCUCCCUGAGAUCUAUGCCUAUGGGGUCAGGAAUAUGUGGCGCUGCACUGUUGACAGAGGGGACCCAGUCACCCACAAAGGAAGAGGGAGGAUAUUCUGUGGUGACGUUGGACAGAACAGAUUUGAAGAAAUUGACAUCAUUGUUAAAGGAGGGAACUAUGGCUGGAGGGCUAAGGAGGGAUUUGAAUGUUAUGACACAAAACUUUGCCGUAAUUCCUCCCUAGAUGACAUUCUUCCAAUAUUUGCAUACGGCCGCAAGGUGGGGAAGUCGGUCACUGGAGGAUAUGUAUACAGGGGGUGUGAGUCACCAAACCUGAACGGCCUCUAUAUUUUUGGUGAUUUCAUGAGCGGUCGACUUAUGGCUUUACAGGAAGAUGAGAGGACAAACAAAUGGAAAAAGCAAGAUAUUUGCAUUGGUAGCACUAAAGCCUGUGCUUUCCCUGGGCUGAUCAGCUCCUAUAACAAAUUCAUCAUCUCAUUCGCUGAAGAUGAGGCAGGGGAACUUUAUUUUAUGGCUACAUCAUAUCCCAGUGCUUAUGCACCCCAUGGAUCUCUCUACAAAUUUGUUGAUCCUGCAAGGAGAGCUCCACCAGGGAAGUGUAAGCAAAAACCUGUUCCAGUGAAAACCAAGAGUAAGCAUGUACCAUUUGUUCCACUCACAAAAACAGUCCUUGAACUGCUUAAUGAACCGUCAACAACCAAGCCUCCUAAAAAAUCUUAUGCCAAAAAAAGCAAGAAGCCUGUUUCCACCCAGACCAAGGGAUCAGCGGUAAAAAAGAAACAGAGUGGGCAGGCAUCUCAGAAAACCAAGGCCAGAAAGCCUAAUUUAGAUCUACCAGAGCAGAAAGCAAAGACUCCAAAGGUUUCACCAAAGACUAAAGGCUCCCAGUUUAUCAAAACCAAGAAGAAACCUUCCCCUCUCCCAAAGAAAAGAGCAGCUCAGGAGAAAAGCCAGAAGAAACAAAAAGGGGUGAGAUCAUGGCGCCGCCUGUGAACUCAUAGGAGCUAUCACUGAGCUCAAAAUAAACUGAGUCAGAUGAUGUACUUGCUGAAUAUUUCCAUCAUAGACCUAAUUAGCUGAAUCGGAUCAAUGUUAUGACUCCUGUAUUUUC